UCCAACCGAGUGCUCCCCACCAUUCAAGAGCCGGGGUGAUGGAGCUGCCGAAUGUCACCCUGUCCCCCCCGCCGUCCCCACCGCCCCCUGGUCCCCUGCCAUGGGACGGGCAGCUGCUGGUGGUCUGCGUGGUGCUGGGGCUGCCGGCCAACGCCUUCACCCUCUGGCUGACGGGCUGGCGGCUGCGCUGCCGGGGCUUGGCCACCUUCAUCUUCAGCCUGGCCGCCUCCGACUUCCUCUUCCUCACCAACUCGAUCCUGCAGAUCUGGUCGGUGGCCCAGGAUGACCAGUGGACGUUGGGGACACCCCUGUGCCGCCUCCACCAGUUUCUUUAUGCUUUGGGCUACUACAGCGGGCUCUUCUUGCUGGCGGCCAUCAGCCUGGACCGGUGCUUACUGGUGGCCGCCCCGCUCUGGUACCGGUGCCGGCGGCCAGCGCGGUUACCGGUGACGCUGUGCGUGGGUGCGUGGGUGGUGGCGGCGGGGUGCAGCGUGCCGGACACGGCCUUGUCGUCGGCCGUGGAGCUGUGGCCCGGCUGGGCCGUUUGCCGCAGCGAGAGGGGGAGCUGGGAGAAGCCCCUGCGGUGGCUGGAGGUGAUAGUGGAGGGACUGGUGCCGUUCGGCGUGGUGGUGGCGUGUCACGGGAUCGCCUUGGUGGUGGCAUGGUGGCGGCGCGGCCGCCCGCUGGCUCGUUUCCAGCGGAUCGUGGCAGCCACGCUGAGCGCCUACGUGCUGCUGCAUCUGCCCUUCCAGGUCACCCAGCUGCUGCAGCUGGUGGCCCCCGACCGCUUCGGUCACCUCCUGUACCUGCUGGGACUGGCCAUCAACCUCAGCAGCUGCGUCAACCCCUGGCUCUACCUGCUGCUGGGAACCCGCGCCAGCCACCACCUGGCCCGCAUGCCACGGGCUAUCCUUGCCUGCGUGUCACCUGCCGCUGUCACCCCCGGGUCACCUGCCACUGUCACCACUGAGGCAUCCACUGCCAUCAGCUCUGUGCCACCCGCUGCCAUCACUCCUGUGUCACUUGCCACCCUGACCCCUGUGCCACCCGCUGCCAUCACCUCUGUGCCACCCACCACUGCCAUCACCCCUGUGCCACCCACCACCCUCACCCGCCCACCAGCACCCAUGGGGUCCCCACCAACAUCUCCAUGAGCUGUCCCUCCUUUCCCCACCCAGCACGGCUGUGGGGUGGCAUGGGGCCAUGUCCCCCAUGUCCCCGCUGUGCCCCCAGCUGGGGACAUCCCCACUGUGGCCCCACGUGUGGGCUGAGCCCACCAUCCACACACGCAGGUGUGGCCUCGGUGGGGCACAGCCACCUGUGGGGACAUG